CUUCUCUCGCUCUCUCUCUCUCUCUCUCUCCCUCCCACUCUCUCCUCUCUCUCGCGCAGAGCGGAGCCUGAGUUCGUGUGUAUCUGUCCGUCCGUCUGUUUGUCUUUCCUUCCUUCCUUCCUUGAGCCCCAGCCAGGCCCCAGCCCCGCCCAGGCCAGAGCGCCGCUUCGACGCUUGUCUUCUCUUUGGUGCUUCGACGCUUGUCUUCUCUUUCGUGCGUCGGUGGGGGCGGAGCAGUUGGUGGUGGCCGGUGAUUGUGUAGAGAGCGCGAGCCAAGAUGGGGCUCACGUUCACCAAGUUGUUUCAGCGUCUCUUCUCUAAGAAGGAGAUGCGAAUCUUGAUGGUGGGUCUCGAUGCGGCUGGUAAGACGACCAUUUUGUAUAAGUUGAAGCUUGGCGAGAUCGUGACGACCAUUCCUACAAUCGGAUUCAAUGUCGAGACUGUAGAGUACAAGAACAUUAGUUUCACUGUGUGGGAUGUAGGAGGUCAGGACAAGAUCCGCCCUCUGUGGAGGCACUAUUUCCAGAACACGCAGGGUUUGAUCUUCGUGGUGGACAGUAACGAUAGAGAUCGUAUUGUUGAGGCCCGUGAUGAGUUGCAUAGAAUGUUGAAUGAGGAUGAACUUCGCGAUGCCGUAUUGUUGGUAUUUGCCAACAAACAGGAUUUGCCGAACGCCAUGAAUGCGGCGGAGAUUACCGACAAAUUGGGGCUUCACUCUUUGCGCCAGCGCCACUGGUAUAUCCAGAGUACAUGUGCUACUUCAGGAGAGGGUUUGUACGAGGGUCUUGACUGGCUGUCAAGCAACAUCGCAAACAAGGCUUGAUUCAGUACGGCUUAGACACUAGGUGGAAAGCCACAAGGUAGCGCAGACAGUGUUAGUCUCGCGGCAGUGGGAUUUCUGUGGUGUUGGAGGGCUCGUCAAGCUGCAGCUGGCGUGACUGGGGUUCUUUAUAAUAUGGAUGAUAAACAGUCGCAGAUUCUCCUAAGAUUUCGUUGAGUGAAGGGCAAGUUUAGAUCAACGAAGUCUGCAGAAUUCUUUUUCUGAACUUUCUCUCUUUCGACAACCUAAGUCAUUGCUUGCUAUCCUCUGACUCCGGUGGUAGGAGAAACGUUAAAAUCUUGAAGAGGUGUUCAAGAUAGGAUUGACAGAUAGGCAUGAUAGAUUUUGUUGCGAAAGUUUUCCGAACUCGUAGUUUUUGAGUGUUUUCCUUCCUACAACAAUCAAGAGGUUGUUGGGACCUUAUUGCUCUACUCGUGUACAAGUGCAAGAUAUUCUUUAUCUAUGUCUGUACCCAAGUCAUGUAGAAAUGUUGUUGAGCACUUCAAUCUAUGAUACCACAAUCGAUACUUUCCAUC